AUGGCAGGGCCAAAUGUUAAUCGAGAUCUCUUCACGGUGUUUCUGCGGUUUCGUUCGAACCAGGUUGCAUACGCAGCAGAUGUGGAGAAAAUGUACCGUCAGGUUUUGGUACACCCGGCGGAUAGAGACUUUCAGCGGAUAGUGUGGCGAAGUAGCUUGGAACAACCAAUUAAACAUUAUCGUUUGUGUACAGUGACGUACGGGACUAAAUCCGCGCCUUUCUUGGCCAUUGAAGCGAUGAAACAAGCAGCACGAAAUUACGAAUCAGUUUACCCUGAGGCAGCGGAGAUUAUCAAACUCGACACAUAUGUCGACGAUUUGCUUUCCGGUGCACGCGAUGUACACGAAGCGAAAAGGCUGAUAGGACAAAUUACGGAAAUCAUGAAUUCGGCAGGAUUUAAUUUAAGGAAAUGGACUACAAACGUCCCGGAACUGUUUGAAACUCUAGCUGUUGACGAACAGCUUCCUGUUGAUGUAAAAUGGACAGAUCAACCGAACACAGUGAAGGCAUUAGGCAUACAAUGGCAACCAAAGGAAGACGCCUUUUCGUUUAAGGUGUGCCUUCCGUUAGAGAGCGUGAAUACAAAACGGCAGUUACUAUCGGACUCGUCGAAGCUAUUUGAUCCAUUCGGUUGGCUAGCACCAGUCAUUAUACGUAUCAAAAUCUUAUUCCAACAGCUAUGGCUUAGUGAUAUCAGCUGGGAUGACCCACUGCCUCCUGCCAUAGAGGCAGAGUGGAUGGACAUUAAAGGGCAACUUCGGCAAGUUGAGCUCAUUCGCGUUCCUCGUUUCGCAUCGAAUUACAACGGGAAGAUGGAACUACAUGGGUUUUCAGAUGCGUCGGAAGUGGCGUACGGCGCAGUGGUAUACACACGUGCAAGGGAUGCAGAAGGAAAUAUUGUGAUCAAUCUUUUGGCAGCAAAAACAAGGGUGGCACCAAUUAAACAGGUGUCUCUUCCACGACUUGAGUUGAAUGCGGCGGUACUAUUAGCUGAACUGAUGGAACGAAUAUCAAUAGCAUUGUCACAUCUGGAGGUUGAAAUGUGGGCGUGGACGGACAGUUCCAUUGUACUUCAAUGGUUAUCCGCUCAUCCACGAAAAUGGAAAACGUACGUAGCAAAUCGCACUUCGUUGAUUUUGAACAUUCUGCCACGCGAACGGUGGAAUCAUGUGGCUACUCAUGAUAAUCCAGCGGACUGUGCAUCACGCGGUCUUACUCCAGAAGAACUUGUCUCACAUAACCUUUGGUUUCAAGGACCUGGAUGGUUGAACACGGAACCUGAACUUUGGAAGGUAACAGCAAUAGAGACUAUCGACGACGAACAAUUAAUGGAAGCUCGUAAGAUCAAGAUAAUGCACGCAGCAGUCGGCAUCGCACGAGACAACUUUGACAUCGAGUGGUGGUUGAUCAACCGACGAUCAAGUUACACGUUUAUUGUCCGCGUGUUGGCGUACGUGAAUCGUUUUAUUCGGGCGCUUCAAGGAGCGGUCUUAGAACCAUUGUUGACUCCAAGUGAACUCUAUCAAGCCAAGGUACAACUAGCUCAAGCAGCUCAACACGUAUCUUUUGAACGGGAACUACGAUUGAUUCGAAACGGCCAGGAAGUGUCAUUCAAACCACUGGCUGGUUUGCAUCCCUUUCUGGAUGGAACUGGAACGAUGCGAGUAGGCGGUCGUCUGCAACUGGCACCUUACUCCUAUGAUAUUAAGCACCCUAUCAUACUUCCACGUGAUAGCCGUGUAACGGAAUUGCUAUUGCGAGAUCUUCACCUCCGCAACAUGCAUGCAGGAUCAAACUUACUAACAUCUACGAUAAAUCAACAAUAUUGGGUAGUCGGACACAACACAGCUGUUCGACGAAUUGUUAAGCGUUGUGCUCGCUGUGUAAGGUUGAAAGGGAAAACAGCGAAUCAAUUGAUGGGAAGCUUACCAGUUCCUCGUGUGAUUGCAACUCGUGCUUUCACUCAUGUUGGCGUAGACUACGCAGGGCCGUUGAAGAUCCAUGCUUCGUGCGUUCGUGGUGUCAAAACGACAAAGGGAUAUUUAGCGGUAUUCGUGUGCUUAUCAACAAAAGCCAUUCAUCUGGAGGCAGCUAGUGAUUUAUCUACAAGUGUGUUCAUUGCAGCACUAAGGCGAUUUAUUUCACGACGUGGAUAUCCAAAUGAGAUUUGGUCGGAUAAUGGCACAAAUUUUGUUGGUGCUGACCGUUGGCUCCAGGAGAUGUCUGCUGCACUUUCGUCUGGAACGUCAAGGGUUAGUCAUUUUUUGUCAAAUUUGGGCAUCAAAUGGAUAUUCAACCCUCCAUCAUCACCGCACCGUGGAGGAAUUUGGGAGGCGGCGGUCAAGAGCGCCAAGAAACAUCUGGUGGCAGUUCUAGGAACAUCAGCGAUGACUUACGAAGAGUUAGCAACGAUUUUGACGCAAGUAGAAGCCUGUCUAAAUUCCAGGCCUCUUUGUCCGCUUUCUAGUGAUCCUGACAGUUACGAAGCACUGACUCCCGGGCAUUUUAUUGUUGGUCAUCCGAUGAAUCUUAUUCCCGAACCUGAUGUCCGGAAGGUUCCUACAAACCGUUUAGAUCAAUGGCAGCUUAUGCAACAUACAGCUGAAAUUUGGAGGCGAUGGCAAGACGAAUAUUUAACUAGUUUACAGCCCAGGACGAAAUGGCGUGUAACAGAAGAGAACGUAAGAGAAAAUCAACUCGUGCUUGUGAAGAAUGAAAACACACCUCCUACCCAAUGGGAGAUGGCGCGUAUCGUCAAGGUACAUCCGGAUUCAACUGGAGUCGUUCGGACAGUUACUUUGCGACCCUGUGAUGUGAUGAAUGUCGUGUUCGAGUCAAACCGAUCCCAUCACCACCGAUUUGAUCGUUCUUCUGUGGACAACGAGCUGCAUGACACGGACAAAGCCCAGCAGAAAGGACACCACAUUUCACGCCCCAGUCAGUCGAAUGCCGUCGAAGCCUAA